AUGACUAAUUUUAACGUAACUCAAGUGGAGGCCAUUUUAAUUUUGGGAGAAAAUGGUGAAAAAAUCGCAGUAAGAUAUUACAAAUUACAUCCAUCAAGUAAAUUAUCAUUCUCUGAAGAUGAACAAAAGGUAUUUGAAAAGAGUCUAGUUGACCAGUUGGAACAAGCCAGAACCUCAGAAAUUCAACACGAUUGCCUUCUGCUAGAGAAUCACUUGGUUGUAUUUUCAAUUGUUGCAGAUGUGUACAUUGUAGUAGUGGGUCAUUUGACUGAAAAUGAACUGAUCUUGUCACAAUUGUGUAAAAAUGUUGAGAAAGUAUUGGAAUACCUGACCAAGUAUGUUGAUAUAUAUGUUAUUUCCUUCUAUGAUAUUAAAAAGGACUUUGUAUACGAAAAACUAGCCUCAGUAUUUUUAUUAUUGGACGAUGUAGUCGACGGAGGAAUAAUUAUGGAAACGGAACAUGAAGUUAUUAUCAAAAGGCUUAAAAGAAAAGAAAAUGAUUCAUCUGAUCAUGUGCCAGUCAAACAGGCCAUUCAUAAUGUGAGGAACAACUUUACAAAGUUACAGGCCCGUAAUUUCGGAACUAAAAGAGUUACACAGAGAAGAAGGUUUAUGCUGAGGAUUAUCAGACCUGAAGAGAAGUUUACGGAUAAAACCAUGACCAAUGGUCUCUUUGACAAAAAUGACUGUCUUCCUAAAUCACUACUCAAAAGCCCAGUAAUAAGAAAACUCAUUUAUGCAAAUACCGCCGAAUCUAUGAAGAUUGCGUCAACAAUUAAAUGGGAUGCAUACAAGUGUGACGUCAAGGGUGUGAGGUGGCAUCCGAGCGGAAGUUGGUUGGUCCAAUUUUCAAAGAGAAACUACGAAAAUAAUUUCUUUGUAAACUGUAAGGCUUAUUUCAGAGUGGAAAAACAUGGAUUUUUUGAAGCCAAAAAGCUCGCUAUCGCAUACAGAAAGAGACUUGAAUUCGAAUACUCACAACUAGAAAAAACAUGGGAAAUUAUAGAAAAGAAAAGAGAAAUGGAAAAAAUGGAAAAAAUUAAAGCUAAAGAAAUAAAGGAACUUGAAGAACAAUUUUUCUUAUCAGAUAAUUUAAACUCUUUUGAAACGUAA